AUGACCCCUCCUCGUGUUAUUGUCGUUGGCGGUGGCCUGUCUGGCCUCAGUGCUGCUCAUACUGUCUAUCUCAACGGUGGCAACGUCCUAGUACUCGACAAGAACAACUUCUUCGGUGGCAACUCGACCAAAGCUACCUCCGGAAUCAACGGAGCACUUACCCGCACCCAAGUCGACCUCAACAUCGGCGACUCGGUCAAACAAUUCUACGAAGAUACCCUCAAGUCCGCCCGUGACAAGGCGAGACCUGACCUCAUCCGAGUUUUGACCUACCAAUCCGCAGCCGCAGUCGAAUGGCUACAGGAUGUCUUUGGUCUGGACCUGACCCUGGUCUCUCGUCUCGGUGGCCAUUCCUUCCCCCGAACACACAGAGGUCAUGAUGCCAAAUUCCCCGGCAUGGCCAUCACAUACGCCCUGAUGCAGCGAUUAGAAGAGCUCACCGAGUCUGACCCAGACAGAGUACAAGUCAUCAAGAAGGCCAAGGUUGUCUCACUGAACAAGGAAGGCAAUGUCAUUACCGGCGUAACGUACGAAUAUGAUGGCCAGACAAAUUCAGUCGAUGGUGUAGUCGUCCUUGCGACUGGUGGCUAUGCUGCCGAUUUCACCGAAACAUCUCUCCUCAAGAAACACAGACCAGAUACCUUCGAUCUAUCAUCGACGAACGGUACUCAUGCCACUGGUGACGGUCACAAGAUGUUGAUGGCCAUUGGUGCCAAUGACAUCGAUAUGGACAAGGUCCAGGUACAUCCCACUGGUCUGGUUGAUCCCAAAGAUCCCGGCUCCAAAUGGAAGUUCCUGGCUGCCGAAGCCCUGCGAGGUGAAGGUGGUAUUCUUCUCAACAGCGAUGGCCAACGGUUCUGCGAUGACCUCGGCCAUCGUGAUUAUGUUUCAGGCAAGAUGUGGGAGGAGAAGGAGAAGGGCAAGUGGCCUAUUCGACUCGUCCUCAAUUCCAAAGCAUCCAACGUUCUUGACUUCCACACCAGACAUUACUCUGGUCGUGGUUUGAUGAAGAAGAUGACUGGUAAGGAGUUGGCCAAGGAAAUCGGCUGCGGUGAAGCCGCCCUUGAUAAGCAAUUCAAGGAGUACAAUGCCAUCUCCAAGGGCGAAAAGAAGGACACCUGGGGCAAGAAAUACUUCCACAACCUGCCUCUGGAGAUUGAUGAUGACUUCCAUGUUGCCGUGAUGGAGCCUGUACUACAUUUCACCAUGGGUGGUAUGGAGAUCAACGACAAGGCCCAAGUUCUCGGCGGCCCAGAGCAGAAGCCAUUCGAGGCACUUUUCGCUUGUGGUGAACUGGCUGGUGGUGUCCACGGUGCCAACCGACUGGGUGGCUCGUCACUACUUGGCUGUGUGGUUUAUGGCCGUGUUGCCGGCGCAUCUGCCUCUCAAUAUCUCUUCCAGAAGCUUACCUCCGGAGGUGUGACGGCCGCUGCACAACGUGCUGGUCAGAUCUCGCUACACAUCGACCCUAACGUGCCGGGCAAGAUCUCGGUCGAAUGGGGAAGUGGUGGCUCUGGACAGGCUUCAGUCGGAACCGAGACCACUAACCAACAAGCCCAGAAGUCAGCGGCACCCGUGAUGGAUGGCAACAAAGCCCAAGAUCCCGCCAAGAAGAAGGAGGCGAAUGACAUCAGCUCUUUCAAAGUCCCUGACAAGGAGUUCACGCUUGAAGAGGUCGCAAAACACAACAAGAAAGAUGAUUUGUGGAUUGCAGUCAAGGGUGUUGUGAUGGAUGUGACCAACUGGCUUGAUGAGCAUCCUGGUGGUCCCCAGGCUCUCUUCAGCCAUAUGGGCCGUGAUGCCUCGGAAGAAUUUGAAAUGCUUCACGACGAUGAGGUCAUUCCCAAGUAUGCUGCCGACAUUGUCAUUGGACGUGUCGCAGGACAAGAGGUUCGAUUAGAAUACUAG